AUGGCGGAGCUUCAUAGUGAGCUUAACUCACAUUUUGAUCUCCAUAAAAUAGCCUUAACAGUUGCGCCCAAUUCCGGAAGAGCAGCGGGCGAAUUCUGGGCAGCUAUACUCGAACCCGAUAAGAAUGUCUCAAAUUUGAGCUCAGAAGAUUUCCAUUGGUUCAAGGUUAAAGGCAAACAUACUGUCGCAAAAGUGCAGAAAGCAUACCACAAGAAGUGUGGUGUUACGAUUCUCCUUCGUCAAGGAGAUCGAGUGAUACCAUCGACAACCCAGAUGCAGCAAAUUAAUCAUUUCAAGGAUGAUAUCAUCAUUUUUUCGAGCAAAAGUACAUCUGAAGACGAUAAUGCUGACCUCAGCCGAACGCCAUUACAGUCAAUUGAUGCUGCUAGCCAGAAUCGUAUGCAGACCCCUUCUCGAACACCUGUCAAAGCCGAGACUGGAUCUGCAUCGAGGCCGGUGAAAAUGAAGGCAGAACCAGACCUUUCAACUGUCUCCCCAAGCCCCUUCAAAACUCCCGCCAUCUCUCGCACGUUGCCUGAAGCUGGGACACCCGCAUCUUCCGGAUCAAGUUCAAGAUUAGGUCAACUUGACAUUCCUGCACCAGCACCUACUACUGGCUAUGAUGUCUUUGCUGUAUCUCAACGUGAUUAUCAUAGGAAUUCCAAACUUACAGCUGUUAAUGCUUCUGCGCCGAAUGCCCUCUUAGGUUAUGAAUCUUUCGCUGAAGUUCAUCGUGCAAAUUAUACAAGCUCAUCCGCCACACCCGCUGAAAUUGAGUCUUCGUUGCGGAAAAUUUGGGACAAAAUGUCAAGUGAUACUCGGGAGUACUAUUCAACAAAGGAUGCCCAAAAAUCGAACACCCCCGUGUCCAACAAUAGCCUUUUGUUGCCUGCACCUGCGGUCGAUACCAAGCCCUUGCCAGGAAGUUUUAGUCUCUCUUCUAAUAACCGCUCAAGAUCCGUGACCAAAGAUGAUCUUGUGAUGAAACCUGACGACUAUAGCUCAGCAUUUAAGGAUGAAGGUGGCAGCCCAGAACCAGAACCACAAACUUUAGAGCUCGCGAAGCUUAGGCUUCAACAUAUCAUGGAAGACGGUUCUCCAGAAAUACUUGAACAGGAAGUGAAAAAGACAAAUGAUUUCCUCGAUGCUUUGAAGAAUCAUUUUAAAGUACCCGAAGCGGAAUCACACCCAGACACAAGUCAUUGGCUUCAACAGAUUGACACUUUGCAAGCUCAAGUUGUAAAUACUCCCACAAUCAUCGGUGUCGUUGGCAAUACCGGUGCGGGUAAGAGUAGUGUUAUUAAUGCCAUGCUUGAUGAAGAACGCUUAGUGCCCACCAAUUGCAUGCGCGCUUGUACUGCGGUCGUUACGGAGAUGUCGUGGAAUUUUAGCGACGACCCGAGCAAGAAGUAUAGAGCAGAGAUAGAGUUUAUCAAAGAAUCUGAUUGGGAGAAAGACCUCAAGGUAUCUUUGAAUGAGCUUAUUGAUGCGUCCGGAAAUGUCUCAAGAGAUUCUACAAAUGCAGACACUGAAGCUGGAAUUGCAUAUGCAAAGAUCAAGGCUGUUUACCCAAAUAAGACGCAUGAAAUGCUAGCAAAUUCCACUGCGGAGGAGCUCCUUGCGGAAGGCGAUGUUCGCACAGUCCUCGGAACCACCAGAACCAUUGAAAAAUCCUACCCUGAGUUUUUCUACAAAGAACUUCAGCGCUAUGUCGACAGUAAAGAAAAGUCUACGGGUGAGAAGGGUCGACCUAGUGAGAAGAAAAAAGAGAAGAGAACCAUGGAAUUUUGGCCUUUGAUUAAAGUCGUGAGAAUAUUCGUUAAAGCCGAUGCUCUCUCCACUGGUGCUGUUAUUGUCGACCUGCCUGGUGUUCAUGACUCGAAUGCUGCUCGUGCUGCUGUGGCAGCUGGCUACAUGAAACAAUGCACCGGUUUAUGGGUUUGUGCGCCUAUUAAUCGAGCAGUCGAUGAUAAGGCUGCGAAAUCUCUCUUGGGAGAAUCUUUUAAACGCCAACUCAAGUAUGAUGGGCAAUUUUCGAGAAUCACAUUCAUUUGCUCCAAAACUGACGAUAUCUCUGUCCUUGAAGCUUCCGAUUCGUUGGGUCUAGAGGAUGCUAUGGCGGAAGAUUACGCGAUGAUCGAUCAGAUUGACAAGCAAGUUGAUGAAUUGAAUGCGAAGAUUGCAGAUCUUAAGGAAAAAAUCGAUGUCUAUAGUGGAGUUUACAAUGAUGCAGACGAGAGUCUAGAUAUUUGGGAUGAUUUAAGGCGAGACAUAGAUGCAGGUGAGGCCGUUUAUGUCCCGAAGGCUGCGCCUGAAAAGUCUCCCAAGCGAAAGCGUUCUCCCUCCUCAAGCAAAUCGCGCAAGAAGAUGAAGAUUUCCGAAAACGAGGAUGAUGAUGAUUCCAUUAAUGAUGACGAUGAGGACCAGGAAGAUGAUGAACUUUCCGAUGACGAAACCGACGCCGAAGCCGAGGAAGAAGACCUCGACAAAGGCGAUCCUUUGAAAAUUGAAGACAUUGAACAAAAGAUUGAUGAUCUCAAAGACACCAAAAAGCAAGCUCGGAAGGAGAAGGUUGCCUUGGAAUUGGAAAUCAAAGAAGUCAAAAAACAAUCGAAAGAAUUGAACCAGCAAAGAAAGGAAAUCGACACCAGAAUGCGCGCCAUUUGUAUUGACGGUCGAAACAAGUAUUCAAAAGGAGCUAUCCAACAAGACUUUGCUGCUGGUAUCAAAGAGCUUGAUAUGGAAAACGCCGAAGAGGAAGAUGCUGAGAAUUUCAACCCUAAUGAAGACAUGAGAGAUUAUGAUGCCGUAGCUCGAAGUCUUCCUGUGUUUUGCGUUAGUAGCAGAGCCUACCAGCAGCUGAAUGGAAGAUUGCGGAAGGAUGCCAAGAUUCCAGGUUUCCGCGCUGUCGAGGAGACCCAGGCACAUUGCAAAAAACUUACGGAAGCUGGUCGAAGUGCUACCUGUCGUAGAUUCCUCAAUGCUCUUCUCCAGCUUGUCUUAUCCUUGUCCUUAUGGUCAAACAACGAUGGAACUAAUAUCAAUCUUUCAGAUUCACAAAAAAUGGCCCAAGCAAGCUGGCUUCAGAAGAAUUUAAAAGAAUUGGAGAGAAGUCUCGAUGGGGCAGUCGGAAGUUGCGUUGCUGACAUGAAUGAUGCUUUAACCGAAAAUAUAUUUGAGAAAUUCAGCGAGGCCAUUCCAUUGGCUGCGGAACAGGCACCUAGCAUUGCUGCGAAAUGGGGUGCUCCUGUCAACAAGGUCGAUCGUGCAGCUGGUGGUUUGUAUUUUCAGACAUACAGAGCUGCGUAUAAUUUCAACAGCGAUUUGACGGAGCCAAUUAUGAAACACUUGGCAAAUCAUUGGGAAAAAAAUUUCUCCAGGAGAAUUCCUUCCGUGCUUCGAAGUUUUACCACAAAAACCAAUUUGAUUCUAAAGAAUUUCCAUCAGGCGGUUGAGAGUAGGAGCCGCAAAAAUGGUACAGGAAUCGCUGGCUUGGCGAUGUUGGCUCAACAACUACGCACGUAUGAAUCAAGCUUCUCAAUCCUAAACAUAGAGAUGAUCGAAGCUAUCAACAGUCUACAACGUGAUGCCAAUCGAGAGUUUGUUCCAGUAAUAGCUCAGAACUUGGCCUCAUCGUAUCAUCAUUGUGCUGGCGAAAGCGGAGUUGGCAUGUAUAAGCGCAUUAAAGACCAUUUGGGUAAUGAAAUUCAACAAAAACGAAACUCCAUGUUCAAAGAAAGUUGCGAUGAAGUCAAAACCAGACUCAAUAAGAUGUGUCGACAGGUUGAAGAAAGUAUGAACAACAAAACCGACGAAGUCUUUUUGCUCAUGCGCAGAGAUUACUUGCAAGUUCUUAAUGGUGCUCAAGUAAGUGUUGAUGUAAUGCCUAAAUGGGAACGUCACAUGCGAUCACAAAUUUCUCUUGUUCUCGCCACGUUUGACAAAGAUGAAGGGGAGAAGAUUGCUACUGGUGUGAAGGAUGAAGUUAUUGAAGAUGAAAUUUUCAAAGACACUAAGGCCGAAGAUCUUGAUAGCAUCAAGAAGGAUGGGUCUGCGGAGGCUAGCGCGGUUCAAGAUAAUGAAGUUGAGGUUGAUGCCAUGGGACUGGAGGAGGCAAAUGCUCCUACCGUAAAGAGCGAGCAAUUCACGGAUGAUCGGACUGAUGACAGUAAGGCACCUGAAAUUCGUGAAGCAGAUACCAAUGCCAGCUCAUCUGUAAUGGGCGUCCAUGGUCCAGCUACCGAAGCCUCGCCUUCUGAUUUGCCUUCAACCGAUAUUCUUGCCUAG